AUGAUAGACUUAACAGGCUUUUUGAAUUAUCUGGGUGUCCUUAAGCAAGUGCAGAAUCUCUUUAGAGCUGGGGUAAAAUUUGGAAAUACAACAUUUAAGACAGAUGUGUAUCCCAAAUCACUUAACCCUCAAUGGAAUUCUGAAUGGUUCAAGUUUGAAGUAGAUGAUGAAGAGCUACAAGAUGAGCCUCUCCAGAUCACAGUUCUUGAUCAUGAUACCUACAGUGCUAAUGAUGCCAUUGGCAAAGUGUACAUAGAUAUUGAUCCUUUGCUCUACAGUGAAGCAGCUACAGUUAUUUCAGGAUGGUUUCCAAUUUAUGAUACCAUUCAUGGUAUACGUGGGGAGAUCAAUGUGGUGGUGAAAGUAGAUCUCUUCAAUGAUUUAAACAGAUUUAGGCAGUCAUCCUGUGGAGUCAAGUUUUUUUGCACUACAUCUAUUCCGAAGUGUUACAGAGCAGUAAUAAUUCAUGGAUUUGUGGAAGAACUUGUAGUUAAUGAAGACCCAGAGUACCAGUGGAUAGAUCGAAUUCGUACACCAAGGGCAUCAAAUGAGGCUAGACAAAGACUUAUUUCACUCAUGUCAGGUGAAUUGCAAAGGAAGAUUGGCUUGAAGGUGCUUGAAAUGAGAGGAAAUGCUGUUGUUGGUUAUUUGCAGUGCUUUGAUUUGGAGGGAGAGUCUGGACUAGUAGUGCGAGCCAUAGGAACAGCCUGCACAUUGGAUAAAUUAAGUAACACAUCAUCAUUUUUACCUGCAUGUAACUCCCCAUCCAAAGAAAUGAAGGAGAUUCCCUUCAAUGAAGAUCCCAAUCCCAAUACUCAUUCAUCAGGACCCUCCACCCCUCUGAAAAACCAAACCUAUUCCUUUUCACCUUCCAAGUCCUACAGUCGACAGUCCUCUUCUUCUGACACAGAUUUGAGUUUGACACCCAAAACUGGAAUGGGCAGUGGGAGUGCUGGAAAAGAAGGGGGGCCAUUUAAAACUCUUCUACGACAACAGACUCAGUCAGCUCUGGAACAAAGGGGAGGAUCGCCUCGUAGGUUCUGUAGAAGGCGGGAAUUUCCAUUUUUUACCUUGACGACCUUUCCACCAGGCUUCCUUGUCCACGUUGGUGGAGUUGUCAGUGCACGGUCCGUGAAGCUCCUGGAUCGCAUUCACAAUCCUGCCUUUGUCGGAAUUAUGGGUAACACAAGAUCAUACAAACUGCUAGACUGGAAUAGUUUCAAUUCAGAUGAACCAGAGACACGAGAUGCAUGGUGGGCAGAAAUCAGACAAGAAAUAAAAUCCCAUGCCAAGGCAUUGGGUUGUCAUGCUGUAGUGGGCUACAGUGAAUCAACUAGCAUUUGUGAAGAGGUCUGUAUUUUGUCCGCGUCUGGCACAGCAGCUGUACUGAACCCUAGGUUUCUUCAGGAUGGCACCAUGGAAGGCUGUUUGGAACAAAGGAUUGAAGAAGCUUCCCCACCAGGCUGUGGAUUUUGCCAUAUACCAUAUGAUGAAUUGAACAUGCCAUUCCCUGCUCACCUCACUUACUGUUACAACUGCAGGAAGCAAAAAGUUCCAGAUGUCCUUUUCACCACAAUUGAUCUUCCCGUGGAGGCAAUAGUUAUUGGGAAGGGAUGUCUUAUUCAAGCCAGGUUGUGCCGUCUAAAGAAGAAAGCUCAAGCUGAAGCCAAUGCGACAUCUAUCAGUAAUCUCCUGCCAUUUAUGGAAUAUGAAGUGCACACCCAACUGAUGAAUAAACUCAAGCUGAGAGGAAUGAAUGCUCUGUUUGGGCUAAGAAUUCAGAUCACUGUGGGUGAAAAUAUGCUAAUGGGGUUGGCAUCUGCAACAGGUGUGUAUCUAGCAGCUUUGCCAACACCUGGUGGUAUUCAGAUCGCUGGGAAGACUCCAAAUGAUGGCACCUAUGAGCAGCAUAUAUCUCACAUGCAAAAGAAAAUCAAUGAUACAAUAGCAAAAAACAAGGAACUUUAUGAGAUUAAUCCUCCAGAGCUACCUGAAGAAAUCAUUGGGUCUCCCAUUCCAGAGCCAAGACAACGUUCCAGGUUACUAAGAUCUCAAUCAGAAAGCUCUGAUGAAGUUACAGAGCUUGACCUUUCACAUGGGAAAAAGGAUGCUUUUGUCUUGGAGAUUGAUGACACAGAUGCAAUGGAAGAUGUGCAUUCUUUACUGACAGAUGUUCCACCACCUUCUGGUUUUUACAGUUGCAACACAGAAAUUAUGCCUGGUAUAAAUAACUGGACACCGGAAAUUCAAAUGUUCACAGCAGUAAGAGUAUCCAGAUUAAGCAACAUUAACCUAACAAAUCAAACCCUUAAUAAGAACUUCAACGAUCUCUGUGAGAAUCUGUUGAAGAGCUUGUAUUUUAAACUACGAUCUAUGGUUCCCUGCUGCCUUUGUCAUGUGAAUUUUACAGUUGCUCUACCAGAGGAUGAAUUAGUUCAGAUUGCAGUCACAGCUGUUGCAAUUACAUUUGACAAAAACCAAGCGUUACAAGCCAAUAAAGCCCCUACAGAAAAAUCACAGCAAAGAGCAUCUACAGACAAUGAAGAGCAGCUACAGUUUCCAUUGGAACUUUGCUCAGAUCCCCUUGCUUCUCAACCAUUCUCACCAUCUAAAGAAGCCCUGGAGGGUGCAAGUUCCCACACAGGUAUUCCUGCUCCUCAGAGAGCAACGUCAAUUGAUUACAGUUCCUUUGCAGACAGAUGCAACAGCUGGAUAGAGCUCAUUAAACUGAAAGCUCAGACCAUAAGGCGCGGAUCAAUUAAGACAACUGCUUCGCUUGAUAAAGCAAGUCCAUUGGCUGAGGGAUACUUAAAGCACCGUUCUUUUCCAUCGUGCGCCAACUCUACCGUCUCAGUUGUUAAGAUGACACCUCUUUCUUUUCUACCUGGGGCAAAAAUAACUAAAUAUCUUGGGAUAAUCAACAUGUUUUUUAUACGAGAAACCACUUCUUUGCGUGAGGAGGGUGGUGUCAGUGGUUUUCUCCAUGCUUUUAUUGCUGAAGUAUUUGCAAUGGUGAGAGCUCACGUUGCAGCUUUAGGGGGGAAUGCAGUUGUCUCCUACAUAAUGAAGCAGUGUGUUUUCAUGGAAAAUCCAAACAAAAAUCAGGCUCAGUGUUUGAUAAAUGUCAGUGGUGAUGCAGUCAUCUUUGUACGUGAAUCCGAGUUGGAAAUGCUGCCAGCACAACCCUCUACAGUCACUUCACAACCCACCAGUUCCACAGGAGAUGUCACAACGUGAAGACAGAAAAAUCAAACAGUCUCUGCCAAAUGUAAAGAUUAUUUAAAAUGUGGGAAUGUUUAGGUUUGCAUCUUCAAAAUCACUAUCUCUCCAUAACAUUCGUAGCCAAAAUCCAAGACAAUCGCUAUACUUUGUCCUUUAACUUUAUGUCAGGGCAGCAUAUUAGCAGGUAAGCUCUGAGUCUGGUGUUGGGAUUACAGGCCUCUGUGAAAUCUAGACAAUAGGAAAAGCACUGAUACGAGAGUACAGAUUAAAUUAGGAGGUAUCCCGUGGAACUGUGAAAGGAAACUAACAUUCUGUUGCAUUUUUCAGCUGUUCAACCGGACCAUGAUCAGUUGUAAUUCAGAACUGUUUCUGAGUUUGCAUGUUGUGUUAGCUGAUUCUCAACUCAGUUUAAGAAAUGAGAGGGGUUUGGGUUGGGUGAGAGAUAACUGAGAAGCCUCUAUUAGUGACCUUUGCCAAAGGUGCAGGAGAUUUGCAUGCAGGUUAAGAAAGUGUGGGAUGAACUCUGAACAUACCUGAGAUCGCAGACCAUGAAAAGGAAGAAGCAGCACCAAGAAGUCACAGGUAGAAUUUCUGCACACUGAAAUUUCAUGUUUUGAAAAAAAUAUAUUUCAACUGUUUGUGAACUGCUGAUUUUUUUUUUAAUUACUACUAUACAGCACAUGUUUCAGGUUUUUUUUUUGUUGGUUGUUUUUGUUUUUAAAAAAGGUGGCAAACCAUGAUGCAGUGUUCCUAGUUAUCCCUGUGGUUAAAAAAAAAUAAGAACAAAAAGUUCCAAAGUAAGUUCGGUGCUAUUAUAAGAUGUUUGCUUCGACAUUGCCAAAACAGAUCUUUGUUGUUGUUGUUGUUGUAUUAUCAGAUUCUGUGAAAGAGUUGUCCUGAGGCUCAUUUUCUUAAGGCAUGAUCUCUUGCAAGGGUGACAUAGACUGUCCUCCAGCAGUGGUUACAGAGCGGUACCCUCCAGCCUGCUUUCCAUUGAACAAGUUGGAAAUGCCUGGCUGAUUAGAGAUUGAUGUACCUUUUGUGAUGCUCAUUUCUGGAAGUUGGGUUUCUUGGGUUUAGAUUUUUUAUUUCCCGGUACAAUAGCUGGGAAAUGAGGGUUACUGCAAAGAAAGGAAAUUUGUCAUUUCCAGUAAAUGUCCGAAAGGCAACGAUAUUCUAAUGUAAAAAAAAGGCAAAAUUUGAUCUGAAGAUGCAUUCUUACUUAAUUCUGACAAUACCGUACGUGGAACUUGAACAAAGGUGUAAACUUGAAUGUAAAUACUCUGCUUAGUGUUGAAAUUAAGCAAUGGCAUGGUUAUUUGUUAAAACGAAUCAUUUCAUUGUAAAUGAGCAUGAAAAUCAUUCUUGCACAAUAAAUUUCUGUAUAAAAUUUUAUGGGUUUUUAUAUGUGUAAUAGUUAAAUGUGUAUGCUGGAUACAUAUUAAAGAUAUCCCACCCCCGUUGUCCUCA